AUGUCAUAAUUCAGAAUUUAGGAUAUAUUUUUGCAAGAGUCUUACUCUCAGUAAUUUUUCCUUGAAGAGAGUUAUAAUUAUUGUCAAUACUAUCCUGUUGACAAUUAGAUAAAUGAAGACGAAAAAAAAAAAAAUGAGGAAAACAGAUGGACUGAGAAAAUACUCCCCCCUCUUAAAAAAUCAAAUCCCAAAAUUUCCAAUAAAAUAGCAAAAGAUAAAAAAAAGGAGACUUAUAUGCUUCCAGGGGAGAGCAAAAACAUCCCAAAAAAUUUCACCAGAGCAUUAAAAAAUUUUAUACUCAAUCACUUUGAUUCUAGUGUAUAAAAAAAUCCUUAAAUUAAGAAGUUCUUAGCUACAAAACCAGAAAAGGCUUGCAAAUAAACCUUACAGAAUUCUUUGUAAAGUUGUUAAUAACUCAAACAAAUUGCUAAGAUCUUCUUUGGAGACUUAAAAUGGGGAACUAUAUUUUUAGAAGAAAACAAGGUUGACCUAGAACCAUAUUUCAGAUUCAAUUAGAUUUGGCUCGGGUGA